AAAGGGGACAAGAACAAUAAUGAAUGGAUUUGGGCAGGGAGAAAAAAGGAGAGGAAAUCGCAAAAGAUGUAUAGUGAGUUGAGUAGUAGAGUAGACAGCUAAUGGUGGACAGUAUGGUGUGGUGUCAUUUCCAGCAUCAGUCCAAAGAAGCACCUACUCCUAUACCCCCUAUAUGUAUAUAACCCAUUUUUGUUAGACUUGGACCCAAACCCACCAAACAGUAAAAAUGCGAUGAAGGAGCGUCAGCGGUGGCAGCCGGAAGAAGACGCCCUCCUCCGCGCCUACGUGAAGCAGUACGGCCCCCGCGAAUGGAACCUGAUCAACCAGCGCCUCCCCUCCGCCCUCCACCGCGACCCUAAGUCCUGCCUGGAGCGCUGGAAGAAUUACCUCAAGCCGGGCAUCAAGAAGGGCUCCCUCACCCCCGACGAGCAGUCCCUCCUCAUCUCCCUCCAGGCCAAAUACGGCAACAAGUGGAAGAAGAUCGCCGCCGAGCUCCCCGGCCGCACCGCCAAGCGCCUCGGCAAGUGGUGGGAGGUCUUCAAAGAGAAGCAGCUCAAGCACCACUCCUCCUCAUCCCCUUCCCACGGCGGUAAUUACGACCACAUUUUAGACACAUUCGCCGAGAAAUACGUCCAGCCCAAACCCGCCGCCGUGAUUCCGCCGUCGCCGCCGACAUCGGAGAUGGGGGUGCUGAUCCGGGAGCUGGAGGAGGGGAGGGAGGUGUGGGCGAGGCAGAGGAAGGAGGCGGCGUGGAGGCUUAGGCGGCUGGAGCAGCAGCUGGAGGCGGAGAAGGAGCGGAGGGGGAGGGAGAAGGCGGAGGAGGUGGAGGCGAAGAUAAGGAGGCUGAGGGAGGAAGAGGCGGCGUAUGUUAGCAGGAUGGAAGGGGAGUACAGGGAGCGGUUGGGGGCGGUGCAGAGGGAGGAAGACGCCAAAGAGGCUAAGUUAAUGGAGGCUUGGUGCAGCGUUCACGUGCGGCUGUUGGCUCAGAUUGGGUCCCACCGUGGCGGUGCUUUCCUUUCCCAAUAAUGGAGUUAAACCUUUUUACCCAUAUAUAUAUAUAGCUUCUUAUUUUCUCUCUCUCUCUCUCUACAAACUUUGUCAUCCAAUAUGCUCAGAUUAAUGAUCUGAAUCCUCAUACAUGGAGUAUAUAUCGUCUCUCUCUUACUAACAAUAAUGAAGAUGCAUUUGUUAUGAUCA